AUACAAUGGAUGGAUAAAAUAACUGCAUGUAGCCCCAGAGCCUCUGGUUACAGAACCCUCGUUUGAAUGUCGCAAUAACUGCAUUUUUUGUCAAUUCCAUGUAUGGCCACCAGAUGGAGACAAACUGCAACAAAAAUGGCUGACAACGGAGCACACCCGACCGAAGAGGACCCGGCUGCAGCUUUUCUGGCCCAACAGGAAAGUGAGAUAGCGGGGAUUGAGAAUGAUAACGACGGGUUUGGGGCGUUGGAGGAGGCGGAUAGUCUGCAGGCGUCUCAUCCGCAGACUGUAAACUAUGACUUUGAAGACGAACCUGCCACAGUGAAUGGAGAUAUAUUUGAGGAGUCCAAUGGCCCAACUGACAGCUAUGCAGCCAUCGCCCAGGUGGAUAUUCAGAGACAAGAACCGGAAAGUUUGCGCAAGUGGAGGGAGGAACAGAAGGCCCGCCUUGAAGUGCUAGACUCCGCUUCAAAGGCAGCAGAGGUGGAGUGGAGAGAGAAAGCCAAGAAGGAGCUGGAAGACUGGCAUUUACACCAGAAUGAGCAGAUGGAGAAAAAUAAAGCCAACAACAGGAUUGCUGACAAGGCUUUCUACAAACAGCCCAACUCUGAUGUUAUAGGCCUUGUGGCAUCAGAAGAGGCUUUCCUGGCAGAGACCGAUGGCGACACCCCGGGGUCAGAGUGGGAGCGAGUAGCUCGUCUCUGCGACUUCAACCCGAAAACCAACAAGCAGGCGAAGGAUGUUUCUCGAAUGCGCUCGGUCCUCAUCUCCCUUAAACAGACGCCUCUCGUUCGCUAGAUCACCUCGAGUGAAAUUUCUCCUCUGAAAAUUGCCUUUAUUUUUAACCUCACAAUUGCAUUAAGAGAAAUUUGUAUUUCCCAUUAAAAAAAAAAAGUCCUGUUAUGUUUAGAACCUUUUUAAAACAUCCUGCCUUUUAUGUAUUCUACUGUAUUCAAAUAGUAUAUUUAACCCGGCACUUACGAGAUAUGAUAUACUCUGUUACAUUCUCAUUUAAAUGGUCAAUUUGAUUACUAUUUAACCUUGUUUUUUCCAUUUAACCGUUACAAUAACCUCAAUGCAUGUCAAAUAUUUUUGGAUGAGCAGUUUUUAAGAUUAUUUUGAAACUAUUAUUUCAAACACAGACUAUAGAUUGUAACUACUUUUUCUUUUUCACCAAUUGAGGCAUAAAUACUGUUCUCUGGUGUAGCUGAAAAAUCGCCACAUGUAAAAAACACUUUUUCUUCACAAAUGUAAGCUUGUGGCCUUUCUGAUCCAGCUCUUAAACCAGAUGUUUCCAGGUCAAAUUUAACUAAAACUCUAGAGAAUAAGUUUAUUUAUAUAUUUAUCCGAAUUUUUAAAAAACAUUGUUUUGGAUAAUUUGAUACCCAUAUUUACAUUUGUUUUUCCAUUCACUUUUCUCCUUUUUGUUAACUUUGUGAUUUCUGCACAUCGGUUCACAAGUUGCCUGUUUGGACAUAAUAUUAAAGCAACGAUUGUCAAAAAGGGAAUUGGAAAUAAUAAAAGCAGUUUGUUCACCUGA